AUGUCAUCGCGGCUCAAGGAGAGAGGCGGGGGAGGGGUAAAGAUUCUGGCGUCCAAGCCACAAAAGUUUCCCAUCGAUUCCACCCCGAACGACAAAGGACCUGCCGCCGGCCGGAGAAGGACACCCAUUGCUGCCGGCAAGGAGAAUUCCAGAAUCCUCUCCGGCAGGAAGGUCUCCGGCGCCCGUCUUAACCCGCUGCCCAAGCUCGUCGAGAAGCCGGCGGCCGCUGCCGGCGUGCGGUGGUCCACUUCGUCUUUGCCGAGAGGUAAGGCUCUCAAUCCUUCGGAUAUUUCGGGGAUCUUCAAUGAUCUCCGUAGCGAUCGCCGCUUACCUAGGGUUUCCGCGUCCGAUCGCACGGGAAGAGCUCUAGGGAGGGAUCUAGAAGCAGAGGCCGCUGGGAGGAAGAGUUUUGGCGAGAUUAGGGCUUCGGCUGUGUGCCAGCAGGGUAAAGAGGUUUUAGACUCGAAUCUCAAGAAAACUGAUGAGAGACUGGCUGCCGGAACUCGGGUUUCAGGGCAGCAGAACCCUAAGCCUAACGGAUUUAUAGCCAUGCAAGCUGCCAAGAAAGCUGCAAAGAUUUCAGAUGCCACCUCACAGAAACUUGGUGGCAGAACUGGAACCAGUUCGAUCUCUGAGAAACGUAGCCGGAAAGAAUCAGUUACCUCAAAGCCAUUGUUAGCCGAGGAUGCUGAUGGUUACCAAGGAAGCACCGCAGAACACGAAAACAAAGCCCUUUUGUUGGUGGAUAAAUCAGGAGUCAUUUGUUCGACUGAAAGCACAGCUGUAGAAUCUAAUAAACAUAAUCUCUUUAUCGUUUCAAGUUCAAUAUCUCAUGUUCCCGAUCAAAGUAAUUUGAAGGACAGAAGUUGUGCAACAUCUGAUUCAACAACUCAAGAUGGAUUCGAUAAAGAUGUGACUCAUGUUUCAUCAAACAAGAAGAAAGAUUGCUUAGUUUUGCAAUCUGAGGCCUCAAGAACACUCAGCAGCGGCGUUAAGAAUGGCCCCGGUGACAAAGGUUGUAUUGAUUCUCUACCAAAGGUGGAAGCUGUACAGAAGCCCUCUGCAUAUAUUACAGCCUUUGACAAAAAUGAUGACCUGAAUGGUGCUCCUGUGGUUAAUAAAUACCCAAGCAAACUGCAUGAGAAGCUGGCAUUGUUGGAAGGAAAAGUCCAAAAAAUUGCUUCUGAAAUUAAGAGAACUAAGGAAAUGUUGGAUAGCAAUAACCCAGAUGACUCUAAGCUGAUUCUGUCUGAUAUCCAGAGUAAGAUAUCUGGGAUUGAGAAAGCUGUAGGCCAUACGAUUGAUGGUGCUGUAUCACAAUUUGAUACAUCCAAAAUUAUUGCAGUUGACUGCCAGGGUACUGAAAUUGUCAUCUCAGGUCAGUGUGAAGAAACGAGUGUUCCAGGUAAUUCAGUUAAUGGUUUGAAUCAUGAAGAAUUAGAAGCAAGGUUCUUUCCUCAUCAUAAGUUAUUGAGAAACCGGAGAUCAUCCAGUGUGGCUGGAGGACAUAGGUCAAAUACUCAUGGAAAUCCAGAUGUUGAAGGCGGGUCAUUGAGUCCUGUUGAUGAAAAUCCCAUUGCAUUGGAAUUCUUGGCUUCUCUAGAUUUGGUACAAGGUGAGCUUAACAAACAUGCUCCAAUUUUGGAAUCCGAGCAUGUGGCAGCACGAGGGUUGAGGGAUGAAAGAGGCUCAUCAGCUGCACAAUGUGUUCCAAGGAAGAUGGUGCAUGAGCAUUGCAAAGGUGAAAUUGAACUCAUGGCAACUGAAAAGCUUGAAGAGUUUGAUGACCAGGAGAUGAAACCUGCACUGAUAUUGCAUGUAGACAAUGAAGACCCCUCCGUGAAGCAGUUAUGUGAGAUAGGACAAAAGCCCUCAACUGGUGGAUGGUUUGUUUCAGAAGAAGCUGUUCUUCUUGCUCAUGAUGAUGGAUCUUGUUCCUACUAUGACAUAGCUAAUCAUGAGUUCAAGUCUGAAUACAAGCCACCAGCAGGAGUGUCAAGUAAUUUAUGGGGUGACUGCUGGUUAAUCCGUGCACCCUGUACAGAUGGAUGCACUGGAAAAUAUAUUGUCGCAGCAUCAGCUGGGAAUGCUCUAGAAUCUGGCUUUUGUUCGUGGGAUUUUUAUACCAGGGAUGUAAGAGCUUUUUCACUUGGGGAUGCUGCAACUAGUUCUUCCUCACAGUCAUCAUCCAUGAUGGUUCUCGGCCCAAGCGAUACAGGUUUGAGAAGUUCUUCGAGCACAAUUCAAACUGUUGGACAACAACAGUGGUGGUACAAGCCUUGUGGACCACUGUUAAUCUGCACUGGCAAUGGACAAAAACUUGUCAGUGCUUAUGAUAUCCGUGAUGGGGAUUUAGUAAUGAAGUGGGAAGUCAAUAGUCCGGUGAUGGGAAUGGAGUACUCAAGUCCUUUACAAUGGCGAAGUAGGGGUAAGGUGAUUGUAGUAGGAACUGAAGCCAUUAGCCUUUGGGAUGUGAAUUCUGUUAACCCACAGCCUUUGUUAUCUGUUGCUUGUGCUGGUAAGAAGGUUUAUUCCCUUCAUGUCAACAACACUGAUGCUGAAUUGGGUGGUGGUGUUCGUCAGAGAGUGAGCUCAUCUGAAGUGGAAGGCAAUGAUGGUGCGUUCUGCACGCAAGAAAGCAUCAAUGUUCUUGACUUCCGUCUCCCAGCCGGUGUUGGUCUCAGAAUAUCAAGGCAUGGUGGGAUCGGGCACUCCAUCUACUCACGUGGGGACUCCAUAUAUAUUGGAAGCACUGAAGGAAGAUUGCCCAUAAAGGGCAGUCCACGAUCUCGUGUGCAACAUUACUCCUUGCGUAAAGGAAAUCUUGUCACAACAUAUGAAUUGCCGGAACUUAAUACUCGCUUUCACCAUUCUUGCUUGACUCAAGUCUGGGGAAGUACCGAUAUCGUCAUGGGCAUUUGUGAGAUGGGGCUUUUCGUCUUCGAUGCUUCUCAGGAUGUAAGAUCGCAAGCUUUAUGCUUCGAUGGGGGGAACACAGUAGGUGUGAAGGAAACUAUUGGCCCCGAUGAUCUAUACCGACCUACUUUUGAUUAUAGUGGAUCGAGAGUUCUCGUCAUAUCAAGAGAUCGCCCUGCUUCUUGGAGGUAUUUAUUGUGAUAUAAUGUAUUUGCUCCGGAACCCGUCUAAACACGUACAGCCUAAGUGUUCUGUAUUAUCUAGUGUUGUAUUCUGCAAGAAUCUUGUUCUCAACUUCUGAUGUAAAUAGUUGAAUGCAGUUCCUGAGCCGAGUUCUAUGAUUUUA